AGAUUCCACACCAGCUGUGCCUAGACGAAUCACACAUGCAUAGAUGAAUUCAUCAUCAUGCUUUUUUUAUAAGGCAACCCAGACUGACCCAAACGUCCCUUCUACGCCGGAAGCAAGCCCAGUUAGUCCGAGACAGUGUGCGGAAGCGAUAGUGCCUGGUUAACGUUUACAAGACAACUGCACCAUGGCAUCGUCAUCAACAUCAUCCUACAAACGGAAAACUGUUCAGCUGAUCAAAUGCUUCUGCGGCUGCUCGGACAUGACCGUUGAGGAAGUGCAGCGCAUCUACACACUGACAAACAGUGUGCAGCAGACGCUGCUGGAUGGUGCCGCAACCAGAUUACUUCAUCGCUAUCUGGAGCUGCAACGGUCCGGGGAUAAGAGCGAAGUGGAACAGUUUCUGGACAUCUAUGAGAAAUGCGAUGAAUUCCUGCAGGAGGAACAGCGUACAUUUACACAAGAUGAAAUCGAUGAGCUUUGCGAUCUGGGUUUGCCCUAUCACCUUGAACAGGAUUUAGCGCGCCGAGCGCGUAAUGGCCAAGCGAUAGAGAUCAAAUCGGGCCUGUGUCGUGUGCAGGGCGAGUGCCGCAACGAGAUCGAGGCCAGCAGCGAUUUCAAGGACUUUAGGAACGCCAUACUCGCCAAGAUGCGACGUAUACCCCACAAGUGAUUUACAGAGCUACCUGCUAUCAAUUGCAACUUUAAAUGGUACUUCAAAGUGAUUUAUUUCCGGUUAACCUCACGCAACCUCAAUCGAUUAGAUCCCAGCGCCUAUUCACACUUAAUAUAUAUAACUGGAAUAAAAAUAUUUUAAAUGCUCGAGCAACAAAUGCUGCCGUAACGGUUAGCUUCUGUAGAAUAAAUGUUUAAAUUGUACUUAUUUUUUAGAGUUCCUUACCAUUCAGUACGUAUUCCUAAAACUUAAUUGAUUAUGUUGUAUUUGUAUGUAUAUUUUUGUUACGCACAUAAAUCAACAUUUGUAAAUCAAAAUAAAUUUAUUUUUAAAAU